GAUAAACCAAAACAAAGUAGAUUCUAGAGUCGAGCGCUGAUCCGGUAGUCCUUGUUGUAGUUGUACCAAACCAGAGCCAGAGAAAGUGAUCCACCUAUUAAACUGCAGCUCAAAACUAGAGGAAUGAUCAACCGGAUCUACAAGCGUUGUGCUGGCUUCAUGAAGCGAAUAAUCUGAGUCAUACAUGUACGUGUACGUGGCCGAUCAUAUAUAUGUACAGCAAGACAAGCAAAGAGGCUUCAAUUUUGAGUGACAGAAGAAAACCUUAGGAGACCUAGCUCCGUGAUGGCUGCCCUUCAAACAGAGUAUCGACGAUUGGAGACAGUAGAGGAUGAUCCGCCAGAGGACCAAGACGUCAUGCUGCAUGUUGUUCACGAUUCUGGAAGAGCACGCUGGAAUCACAUAGAGAAUCUAGAUGAAUUCUUCACAAGAGUCUAUCAUUAUCAUCAGAAGCAUGGGUACCUGUGUAUGAUGCUUGCCCAACUGCUGGAACUAGUGCAAUUUCUGUUCAUCAUCUUCUUCUCCCUCUUCUUGCUGCAAUGUGUCGACUACUCUGUUCUGUUUCAAGAUGACAAGACCACCACAGGGACAAAGGUCACCAUUCCAGAUGCCAUUAUACCCCUAGAACAAUGUGCCAAGAAUCCUUCGAGUGUGAUUGUGAUCUGUCUGAUCAUCGCUGGUAUCUUCUGGCUUCAUCGUCUGCUGAGGGUCCUCUAUAACGCAUUCCACUUCUGGGAGAUCAGAGCAUUCUAUACGAGAGCACUCAAAAUCCCGUCUAAAGACCUGGUGAAUCUCACAUGGCAUGACGUCCUCAAGAAGGUACAGCAGGUCCAGAGAGAGCAGAGAAUGUGUAUACAUAAGGCAGAGCUGACAGAAUUAGACAUAUAUCACAGGAUACUGAGGUUUAAGAAUUAUAUGGUUGCCAUGGUGAAUAAGUCUUUACUGCCGUUACAUCAUCAUCCACCCUUCUUAGGAGAUACAGUUUUUCUCACGAACAGCUUGAAAUACAACAUAGAGAUGAUCCUCUUUUGGGGUCCUUGGGCUCCGUUUAGGAACUAUUGGCACCUGAAGGAUGAGUACAAACGAUCAUCAAAGAGAGAGGAACUAGCAAGACAGUUGUCAAAGCACAUCUUGUGGAUAGGUCUAGCUAACCUCAUCCUGUGUCCCUUCAUCUUCCUGUGGCAGAUCCUCUACUCGUUCUUCAGCUAUGCAGAACUCAUCAAGAGAGAUCCCUCGACACUAGGAGCUAGGAAAUGGUCACAAUAUGGAAGGCUUUAUCUGCGGCACUUCAAUGAAUUAGAUCAUGAAUUCCAAGCAAGACUGAACAGAGGCUACAAACCAGCUAAGAAGUAUCUUGAUGCAUUCACGUCCAAUGUGCUUGCUAUCAUCUGCCAGAACAUAGCAUUCUUUGCAGGCUCCAUCCUAGCUGUCCUCAUCAUCCUCACUGUCAUUGAUGAAGACGUCCUGACCGUAGAGCAUGUACUCACCACUGUCACGUUGCUAGGAGUUGCUGUCACGAUAUGCAGAACCUUUAUUCCAGAUGAGAACCUGAUCUGGUGUCCAGAGACUCUAAUCCAGAGUAUACUAGCCCAGAUCCACUACAUCCCAGACUCUUGGAAAGGCCAGGCUCACACCUACAAGGUCCGAGACGAGUUCUCACAGCUAUUCCAGUACAAAGCAGUCUACUUCUUGGAGGAGCUCCUGAGUCCCAUCGUCACUCCAUACAUCCUCAUCUUCAAGCUCAGAUCCAGAGCUGUGGACAUCGUUGACUUCUAUCGUAACUUCUCCGUGGACGUCAUCGGUGUUGGAGAUGUCUGCUCCUUUGCACAGAUGGACAUCAGGACCCAUGGAAACCCCAAGUGGAUGACGGGCGGAAACUCGGAGGCCAACCAGUACAACCAAGCUGAAGACGGCAAAACAGAACUCUCACUCAUGCAUUUCACUGUCACUAACCCUAAGUGGACACCACCCCAGAGCAGCAAGUGCUUCAUCAGUGCCCUCAAGACUCAAGCUCAGCGGGAUAUUAAGACGUGCAACAGACUGGAGGCUGAAAACAAUGCCCUGAUGACGUCAAUGAGGUCUAUUACAUCACUAGAAGGGCAAAAUAGUAUUCUUGGUAGUCUGGCCGUUCAGCACAGCAACCCUCCCUCCCUCGGCACCAUCCCCACCCCUCAUUUCCAGCCCCCUGCCCCCCUCGCGACCCCCGUCUCAUCCCCCACCCCAGAAGGUGCCACCAGCUCCUCCCGCCCAACCCAGCUGGUGAUGGGCGGGAUCACCAGCUCUGAGGGACCUCUGGAGUCUGAUGGGUCAGGUCUUCUUUCAAGUCUCCAGAGCCCUGAUGGAGCUUUCCUGACUAGCAUGCAAGGCCCAGGUCUCAUGCAGCAGUCUCUGAUACCAACGGCCAACCCCAUGGUGACGGGACCCUCCCCUGCAAACGUUACAACGGCCGACAUGAACUUCAGCGCCCUCUACAUGCACCAGCUUCACGACAGGAGUAUCGUCUUGCCAGGCUCUUCCUCCCUGGAGAUGCAGCCCCCUCAACACCCAAUGAACCAAUCCACCCCGUGGCAAAUGGAACUUCCCACAGACUCCAUAGACUCGGAUGAUGAUGACCACCCUCUCCAGAACAUGCCAUUAGCACCAUUGGGACAGCUCAUUAACACGGAUGUAUAAAAUAAAAGCCAUACCUGUAUGCUUUAUCCCGUAUGUAUGCUGACGUCAAACUUUCAAAUAUGAAACGGACAUCACAUUUUGUGACAUGGGGCUCAUGUUCUAAAAAUGAUGAUAUCGUGCAUGUUAGCUAAAACGCUGUUAAUUGUAAUAACGGAUCUUAAUUAGGAAAAGCCAUUGGAUAAUAUCUGUGCAAAGCUGGCUGUGUUCGUGUAAAGUUAAAGAGACAUACGCACAAGCACUAGUGGCAAGUGUUGGUUUUCUUAAUGAGAAAUAGUCAUGCCCUGUUGGCAUCUGGAAAGUGAAACAAUUUGUGCAGAUAUUAACAUCUGACCUGUGUGCUGUGCAGAGAUAGAAAAGAGGUUGGUACAUCAGUACAUGCACUGUGUAGGUGUUUCUGUGUAAAAAGUGCACUAUAAACGCAACGAGUGAUGUGGAAAGUAAAGAAUUUGCAUUGUUGGCGUUGUAUAUGAGUGAAUAUAGUGAAGGCGGUCUGAUGAAAGAUAUAUUGAUAUGAAUGGCAGGUGUAGAAUAAGUCUUGGUUGCAAUAAAGAAAUGAUAAUAUUAAUAAAUAUAAUUUGAAAAAGGGUGAUCAAGAUAAAAACAUAUUUAAAUGAUAUUAAAUAAAACACAAUAAUUAUAAUAAGUAUAAUUGCAAUAGACACAACAAAAAGAGAAUUACAUCGAAGCUUCAUGGCAGCUUCAGAUGCUAAUGAGCAAUGGUUGUAGAACAAAGUUUUAAAAAAAGAAUAAUUUGUUAUGUUCUUUCAUACUACUUGUAUGAUCUUCUCUGUUCUUAAAGAUCUUUUUCUCUGAUUUGUAAUACUAAAAGCAAUUUAUUUGUUGGCUGUGCUCUUAAUACACAUUUGUGAACACAUUGCUUACCUCUGUAAUGAUAUAUUGAUGUAAAAUGACAUGUACGCUGUACUUGUUUUUGCAUUUUUAUUUUAACAUUAGAUUCAUGUAAAACACAAAUCUUAUUACAUAUAUAUUUACAUGAAUGUAGAUUUCAUGCUUGUACCAAAUUGUUUAUUUUGUUCUUUUUAUCGUGAAGUAUAUUUAUUGUUAACCUAUGUAUAUAAUGUGAAUGGGAUAAGUGUUGUUUAAAGAGCUUUACAUGAAUAUGUUAUAGUAUAGUCAAAUAUGAAUUCUCACAUGAAAUGAUGUACAGUAUGCAUGUGUUGUGGAAACCUAAUAUUAUGCAAUAUAUAUAAAGUCAUGGUUAUGUGUGUGCAUUUGUGGAAGUAUAGCAAGAAUUGCCUUAGAAACAUUGGAAAUAGUUUAAAUAGCUUUAAUCGUGGGAAAUCAGAUGUGUAGGAAAUUAUUAGUCGAAAUAAGCUUGGUAGUAUAUAUGUAUAUUCAAGUACCUCAAAUUAGUUUCACGAAGUUGUAGUUCAUUGAAUUUGUACUUAGCACCUUCUUGCAGUGGAUACACAGUGGAUGGUAAGGUGUUCUAUUGGAUGAUAUAUGUAUCAUCAACAUUGAUUAACUCAGUUGUAAAAAGGAUGUAAGUGCAAUGCUUGUGAAUAGCAACAUUUAUGAAUUUAUUUGUAAAAACGGAUCUGUAAAAUAUUAAGUCUGAAAUAUGAACAGAAAAUGAUCCAUUCAAGAUAACAAUGGGAGGAAAGUGGUAAAGAAAAAUUUAAAAAUGAAAUAUGAGUUCAAGUAUGAUAUUCAUGUAUAUAUUAAUGUAGUAUUGCAAUGCAGUUAAAAAAAAAAUCUUGAUUAGGUGGUGAACAAUGAAUAGAAAAGCAUUUUAUUCCCUCCCUCCCCCCCCCAAAAAAAA